GUUUAACUCUAUUUUGUUAUCAUGCGCCGGGUUAAGAAGCUCAGAGAUCAAUUACACUUUUACAUACACAAGAAACAAAGAUUGUUGCUUUUCCAGACUUUCCACUUCCCACUAUUCUUCUUCUUCGUUAUUUCUCUCUCUCUUGGGAGAGAAACAUAAUAUCUAAUUUUCCCGGGUCGCCCACCAACUGAUUGAUUUUUGGUCUAAACAGAGAAAGAGGCUUUUGAUUUGAUUUGUGAUUGAGCUAUGCAGAGGCAAAGACAGAGUCCGCCGAAGCAUAGACAUGAUGGGACUUCGCCUUUGCCAUUGGGUAUGGAUUGGAGCCCCCCUCCCAAACUAUGGGCUGGAAGAGAAACUGUUUGGCCUCAUGAUCCUCACACGGGCUGGAGCUACUGUGUUACAAUUCCUUCGUGGGUUGUCCUGGCAAAAUCAACAAAUUCAGAUCCCGUAGUGUUUUAUAGGGUUUUGGUUGGCUUACAAUCACCAGAAGGGAAUACAACUACCCGAGUCGUAUUAAGAAGGUUCAAUGAUUUCUUGAAGUUUCUAGCUGCUCUGAAAAGAAUGUUUCCAAGGAAGAAUAUUCCUCCUGCCCCACCCAAGGGUUUCUUGCGGAUAAAAACUAGAACCCUACUAGAAGAGAGACGAUCCUCCUUGGAGGAGUGGAUGACCAAAUUACUAUCUGAUAUUGAUGUUUCUAGAAGUGCUCCAGUGGCAUCUUUUCUCGAACUGGAAGCUGCUGCUAGAUCUUCUUUCCAAGAUGAAAACCAACAUGAUUCAGAAUCAAAUCCUUUUGUGAAUAGUUCUCUUUCUUCCCUUCAAGUUCAUCCUAAUGCAAGCUUGUCUGCAAUAACUGCGAGUUCAUCGCUCACAUCAGAUUAUGGUAGUGACACAGCUUAUGAGAUAUCUGAUGUUGGCACACCACGCCUUGGAAGGGAUAAUAACUCUGAUUUUGGGACAGAUGAUCUCUCGUUGGAUGAGGAUGUGACAAGUCCAAUAGAUAAGUUUGUGAAAUAUGGAAUGUCCAACAUUGAUGAAGGCUUGUUCAUGGGUCAGGCUAUUCUAGAACAACUUGGAAAUUAUCCUAGACAUAGGGUGCACAGUAGAGAGAUUAAUAAAUUUGAAGAGAACAAUAAAGCCAAUGGAAAUGCUUCCAGAUUGUCUGAUCUAGCUGUUACUACUGAUGGUAUGAGUGGACUUUCUUCGGAGCGGGAGAAUGCCAAAGUUAUCCAUCAUGCUAGGAAGUUAUCAGCUGAGAGCAUAGGAAGCGAUAUGAGUUCCCAAAGAGGCAGUGAAUUGUCAGGUUCAGCAAUACCGAAUUCCUACGGACAAGGACCGAUCAACAUCCCCAGAGCGGCUGAGACGUCAGGAAACGUUGAGAACACUGACUUAAUGCUGCCAAGUGAUGUGCAAUUAUUACUUCCUUCAGAUCAGCGCCAAAAAAUGAAUAGAGUACUUAAAACCAUGCAAAGGAGACUGAUAACAGCAAAAACUGACAUGGAGGAUCUUAUCUCAAGAUUAAAUCAGGAAAUUGCUGUGAAAGACUACCUCACAACUAAGGUUAAGGAUUUGGAAGUGGAGCUUGAGGCUACUAAACAGAAAAGCAAAGAAAACCUUGAGCAAGCAAUCUUGAUUGAAAGGGAAAGGGUCACCCAGAUGCAGUGGGAUAUGGAAGAGCUUCGGCGGAAGUCAUUUGAAAUGGAACUGAAACUGAACUCACACAAGGUUAAACUGGGCAAUGCUUCCAUGGAAGACAAUGCCAGUCAGGAGAAAGACGGAAUCUUGCAGGAGUUGGAUGCUACAAAAGGGAAGCUUGAUGAGUUGCAGAAACGACAUCAAGAACUUGAAGUAAAAUCAAAAGCUGAUGUUAAAGUUCUCAUUAAAGAAAUAAAAUCUCUUCGAGGCUCACAAGCAGAUUUGAAGCAGCAGCUAGAUCAUUCGCUUAAAGGAAAAUUGGAGGCUGAGAAACUUUAUGAGCAAGAGAGGCAAGCUAAUGAACAAGCAAGGACAUCUUGGCAGAAGCUGCUACAUGAAUGUCAAGUUCUUCAACAGCGCUUUGAAGAAUGCAACAUUAAUUUAGUCAACGAAAAAGAAGACGACCUUAUCAUGGAUUCUCCAUCAUGCUCAGAUGCCUUGAAUCUCCUCACAGCAUAUGACAAUCAAAUCAACCUUAUCCUUGCAGAGGUGAACGCAGACAAAGGAACCGAAUCCCCAGUUUCUACUGCUGAGACAGUGGAUGUGAAUAGUGACUCCUGGACUGUGGAUGACAAGUUGAGAAAUGUGCUGACAAAUAUCCUUGUCAAUAAUGGUAAAUUGAGAAAACAGGUGAACUCUGUCAUCCGUUAUGCUCUGAAAAAGAAAAUGUCUUCUCCUAGAGAGAGUGAAGAUUCUCCGAUUGAAACUGUAGAAAGCGAGCAUUUAGAUAGAUGAAAUCACGUAAAUAUUGUAAAAUUUUGUCGUAUCUAGUGUAAUCUGCACCUAAUCCCAUGAAAAAUAUCUAGAGUUGACAGCCAACAUUACUGUUGGUGUUGUAAUUUCGCGGCACCAUUAUGUAUACUGCUCUAAAGAUGCAAUAAUUGAAGUUUUCUGUAAAA